AUGGAAGGCGAUCGUCCAUCUCCGAAACCUAAAGUUUUCGGCACAUCACAUAGCAACGUACCUCGGCCAACACAUGCGAAAGGUCUAUCAGUGUCCACUACUGUGCAAGCAGCUCGUAAUCUCAAGCGUAGAAGUAUCAACCAGCUCAACAAAUGUGAACCAGCAACAAAACGGACCGCUUUUAGUGCCUCACAUAACUCGCAUUGUUCAGUCACCAAACCACUGCCUGAUCACAUGAGAACUGGCAAAACAACUCUGGCGAGCUCAAGCAGCCUUCCUCGUCUGACCGGCACGAGUUCCUGUAGCGCACCGCGGUAUCUUCAAAUCACGACAUCGUCUGCCUCCCGAAGAAACGGCGUAUCCCUGACUGGAGGUAGGCCAGAAGUCUCACGCCCAGCGCUUUCCUCUGUAGCACGCCGGUCGUCCUCACCCAGGGAAACAGCUGAGAUGGCCGACUUGCGCAUCAAGCUUGCAGCAGUUGAAGCAGAGAGAGAUAUGUUCAAGGAACUGCAAGAAAAGAUUGCGGUUCUACAGUCAUCACUUUCGACCAAACGUGAUGAACUUCGCGAAAAGGAUGAACAAAUUCGUUUGCUGAAUAAUGCUGUUGUGGAUCUGAAAGGACAAAUUCGCGUUGUUGUCCGCGUGAGGCCGCCAAUCGGUAAAGAGGUGGAUGUUCCAACGACUCACAUAAGCUAUCCUGGAGUAUCCUCGAUCAGAUUGGAUCAGGUAGUUAUCUGCCAGUUCACCAAUUUGUGCAUAUCUCAUCAAUGA